AUGGUUGUUGGUGAUAUCUCAAACACAUCCAGAACACCCCUUGUUGCCCUUCACGGAGGACCAGGCUUAUUGCAAAGCUCUAUUUUCCCUCUAAGUGAUCUCGCCUCAUUUCCCAGCCCUAUUCCUGUCAUCUUCUACGAUCAGAUUGGUAAUGCCCACUCUACGCACUUGGAUGAUAAACCAGAGUCAUUCUGGACCAUUGAUUUCUUCAUUGAUGAGCUAGUCAGUGUCUUGAAUCACUUUGGCAUUCAAGACUCUUUUGAUCUCUAUGGACACUCGUGGGGCGAUACUCCUGCAUCUCGGAAGCUUCAGCAUCAAGCACUCAUGCGGUGCAUGCAGUCUAUACCUGAAGAAGUCCAAUUGGUGCUUAAAAAACAGGGAGGUAAAAUUGACACAUCUAACAAAGAAUACAACAAAGCUGCUGCAUACUUCUGCAAGCAGUUUGGUACACGCUAUGCCGAUCCCAUGCUGGAGGCACUUGCAUACUCUCUGAGGCAUGAAGAUCAUCUGGUUGUACUUAAUGCAAUGUACAUUCUAGCAUCUACUGUUCUCUUGCCAUACUCAGACCAUCUGUAA